GAGACAUCAAGGAGGCGGUAAAGUAAUUUUCUUUAGUAAAAAUGUCAAAAUAUAGGUUUGCCCUUGUUAGUUGGGCGAAGGGACCUGACAAAGAUAAAACCAGCAUCGUUCCCAUCAGCUGGAUAAUUGAUUUUGACCCAGCUGAUACUGACAAGACAUAUUUUGUGGAAUGUCGUUCAACUAACCACAAGAAGCCUGCUAGUGGAUGGCCCGUUGAACAUGCCGUCGUUCUUCAGUUAGCAGAAAAAGAGGCUACACUCAGAGCUGCUGAGCGAGAACUCUAUCCAGAUAACAUGUCGGGCAAGAGGGUGAGAAAAGCAAAAUGCCUGGACUUUGGUGAUGAAGAUACCAGUACUGGCAACAAAGCCUCUGGCUCUGGAAAUCCAAAACAGAAAAAAGCCAAGGUUGCUGCACAAAGACAAGCGGAGGAGGAACUACUGUCAGAGGACAGUCAGUUUAGCUCCGAUCCAGCAGAAUCAUCAAGCCAGGGAAACAACAACCAUACCGGAGACUUGCAGAGCCAGAUCAAGGCCUUACAGAAAGAAAACACCAAACUGCGGAACAUGGUAGUUAAAGAAAUUCCAGCGUUGUUGGUGGACAUGAGAAAGCUUGUCUCCAUCUACAACACCACCAACAAAGAUGUUGAUGACCUCCCCACCAAAGAUGUUGACCCCAAUGCUGAGAGUGACGGCCCGGGUGAAACGUCACUUUGCACACCUUGCAGACCUUCACAAGUGAAAAUCGGGAAUGAUGGAACCGUCACUGUCUCGUCACAUUGUUGGGAGACUGCAAAAGCUUGUACAUCCCCCAAUGGGAUGGCACGGGUGCUACUGAUGGGGCUCUUCAGUGUGGAUGUCCUCCUCAAGUCCAACUUGAAAGGAGGUGUCAGCAAGCUGGAUCCCUCUGCUGAGCGUCGGCAGGCUCUUGACCCGAGGAAAAUUCAAGCUUUACAAGAUGCUGUUGUAAACCAAUUUCCAACGGCCAAGGAAGCAGAUAUCAGAAAAUCAAUUAACUGUAGAAUCUGCGAGCUAAGACACCAGGUGAAGCGCAGAACUGUGGUUAUAUAAGUCGUGUCAAGAAUCAAGAUGGAAUCUUAAACAAGAAUUUUCUUUUGGCAAUUUAUUUCUUUUUCACAGUUCCAAAAGUAUAUGUAUAUUUUCUGUUCAAUGGCAUUCUUUAAAAAUGUUGCACUGUUAAGAAAUGUAGAGUCAGUCAAAUUUCCUUUGUCUGACCAUAUGCAAGGCCUCUUGGGGUUGUAAUAGGCCUGUGUAGCUCCCUACCUCAAAUUGGCUUCAGUAUCUGUACCUGAUUAAAAGAAAAUA